AUGGUGGAUGUCGAGGAGGAUCGGAGCUUGCUGCCGGCUGAGACCGGUGAUGAGGACUUCGUGUCCGGCGGGGAAGCAAGCGGACGAACUGGCACACGGCUGCCCGCCAUCUGCGAUCCGACGCAUGGUUUACAUCGCUUAGUUAUCCUGAUUUUCAUGUGUUUCCUCGGAUUCGGAAGCUAUUUUUGUUAUGACAACCCAGCUGCCCUUCAGACUAAAGUUCUCCAGGAUUUGAACUUGAACACAGCCAAGUUCAUGCAGUUCUAUGCCUGGUACUCAUGGCCCAAUGUUGUCCUCUGCUUUUUUGGAGGAUUCCUCAUCGAUAGAGUCUUUGGCAUCAGACUGGGGACCAUCAUUUUUUCCCUGUUUGUUUGUGGUGGACAGGUCAUAUUUGCUACUGGAGCUUUGGUAAAUCGUAUUUGGUUGAUGGAACUUGGACGUUUUGUAUUUGGAAUUGGAGGGGAGUCCUUGGCUGUGGCUCAGAACACGUAUGCAGUCAACUGGUUUAAAGGAAAGGAGCUCAAUCUAGUGUUUGGUCUUCAGCUAAGCAUGGCGCGCCUGGGCAGCACAGUAAACAUGAACAUUAUGGACUGGGUUUACAGCAAAGUGUCUCUCCUGGUCGGUGCCCCAGGUCACGUUACGCUAGGCUGCUCGCUCAUGUUAGCUGCUGCAACCUGCAUAUUCUCCCUAAUCUGCGCAGUGGUGCUGGCAUUAUUCGACAAAAGAGCAGAGAAAAUCCUUAAGAAGGAGCAGGGAAAAACAGGCGAGGUAAUUCAACUGACUGAUGUGAAAGACUUCCCCUUCCCCCUGUGGAUCAUCUUCAUCAUUUGCGUGAGCUACUAUGUGGCCAUCUUCCCUUUUAUUGGACUGGGACAGGUCUUUUUCAUCGAGAAGUUCGACUUUUCCCCUGCCGAAGCGAGAGCUGUCAACAGCAUCGUUUACAUUAUCUCAGCACCAGCAUCUCCCAUUUUGGGCUUUGUGGUGGACAAGACUGGGAGGAAUGUGAUUUGGGUGAUGUGCGCCGUGUGUACUACUCUUGCCUCUCACAUGAUGCUGGCUUUCACCUUCUGGAACCCGUGGAUUGGCAUGUCUCUGCUGGGGGUAUCCUACUCACUACUGGCAUGCGCACUGUGGCCCAUGGUUGCUUUUGUGGUACCUGAGCACCAGCUGGGAACAGCCUAUGGCUUCAUGCAAUCCAUCCAGAAUUUGGGACUUGCACUCAUCGCCAUGGCAGCAGGAGCCAUCCUCGACACUAAAGGAUACCUCUUUCUGGAAGUCUUUUUUUGUUCCUGCAUCUGCAUUGCAUUGAUGGCAGUGGUUAUGCUUUACUUGGUCGACUAUCUAAGAGGAGGGGAUUUGAACCGGUCAGCUGCAGCCAGAGCCAAACUCUUGAAAGAGGCCACUUCAGAUGCCGAGUGA